UUGGUGCUUGCUUCUGUGGGAAGACUGCGGACAAAAUGCCGGAGUGGGACAGUGAACCAUUCUCCAACCCUUUGGCUCCAGAUGGCCAUGAUGUGGAUGAUCCUUUCCAAUCAAAACUCACCAAUGAAGAUUUCAGGAAACUUUUCAUGACCCCCAGGGCUGCACCUACCUCUGUACUACCUUCUAAGUCAUGUCACCAUGAGAUGUCAAGAGAGUGCAAUGAGGAUGAAGAUCCAGCUGCCCAAAGGAGAAAAAAGCAAAGUUAUUAUGCUAAGUUACGCCAACAAGAGAUUGAGAGAGAGAGAGAGCUAGCAGAGAAGUACCGGGACCGUGCCAAGGAACGAAGAGAUGGUGUGAACAAAGAUUAUGAGGAAACCGCAGCCAACUAUAGGGCUGUGGGCCCCACAGCAGAGGUGGACAAAUCAGCUGCAGAGAAGAGAAGACAGUUGAUCCAGGAGUCCAAAUUUUUGGGUGGUGACAUGGAGCACACCCACUUGGUGAAAGGCUUGGAUUUUGCUCUUCUUCAAAAGGUACGAGCUGAGAUUGCCAGCAAAGAGGAAGAGGAAUUGAUGGAGAAACCUCAAAAGGAAACCAAGAAAGAUGAGGAUCCUGAGAACAAAAUUGAAUUUAAAACUCGUCUUGGCCGCAAUGUUUAUCAUUCGCUUUUUAAGAGCAAAGCCGAUGAGCGGAAUGAGCUGUUCUUGCCAGGCCGCAUGGCCUAUCUGGUGGACCUGGACGAUGAGUAUGCGGACACAGAUAUUCCCACCACACUUAUCCGUAGCAAGGCUGAUUGCCCAACCGUGGAGGCCCAGACCAUGCUGACAACAAAUGACAUUGUCAUCAGCAAACUCACUCAGAUCCUUUCAUACCUGAGGCUGGGUACCCGCAACAAGAAGCUCAAGAAGAAGGAUAAAGGGAAGAUGGAAGAGAAGAAGCCUCCUGAGGCUGACAUGAAUAUUUUUGAGGACAUUGGGGACUAUGUUUUCUCCACAACCAAGACACCUCGGGACAAGAAGCAAGAGAGAUAUGGCGAACGAGAGCCAGACAGAGACCUGGACCAGGAUUGGGAGAAAGAACAAGAUCAGGAGAGGGAGCAAGAAAAGAAGAGGCACAGCUAUUUUGAGAAGCCAAAAGUGGAUGUUGAGCCCAUGGAAGUUGACAAAGGACCUGGGUCUGCCAAAGACUUGAUCAAGUCAAUCAAUGAAAAGUUUGCAGGGUCUGCCAGUUGGGAAGGCAUUGAGUCAUUGAAGCCAGAAGACAAAAAGCAGCUGGGUGAUUUCUUUGGCAUGUCUAACAGUUACGCAGAGUGCUAUCCUGCCACGAUGGAUGACGUGGCGGUGGAUAGUGACGAGGAGGUGGAUUAUAGCAAAAUGGACCAGGGUAACAAGAAGGGCCCCUUAGGCCGCUGGGACUUUGAUACCCAGGAGGAAUACAGCGUGUAUAUGAGCAAUAAGGAAGCUUUACCCAAGGCUGCAUUCCAGUAUGGUAUCAAGAUGUCUGAAGGACGGAAAACCAGGCGACUUAAAGAAACCAAUGGCAAAGCAGAGCUUGAUCGGCAGUGGAAGAAGAUCAGUGUAAUUAUUGAGAAGAGGAAGAAGAUGGAGGCUGAAGGGGUUCAAGUGAAAAGACCAAAAUACUAAUCUUUACUUCCAACUGAAAAAAAUCUCCACAUGGGUAUCCUCUCUACUUUCUAUAAUUCCUAGAAAGGUUGUAAGGUGGUAUUUGUUGUUUUGUUUGCAAAUGUGUAUAAAGUUUUAUUGCAUAAACAUCUGAUUCCAUUAAAAUUGGUAACCAGU